GCUUUUAUCCUAUCCAGGUGUCUCAUCCGAGAAAGGAUAAGACUGGAACAGAGGAUUGAAGAGCGGGAGAGCCUAAACCCAAAAUCCCCAUCUAAUCUCUCAAAAUCUGAGAUGGCAACUGCUUCACUGUCCCCAAUCUCUCCGGUUUUCUCAAUUUCCACAUCUCAAAAAUCUCCUAUAACAACCUCAACACCAACACCCCCUACAGUCUGGCACCAAACCCGAAGCUAUUCAUCUCUCAGGAGGCAAAUUUUGCAUGGACUCGCAUUAUCUCCUCUCAUAUUGAUAAAAGAAACUGCCAUUUCUGAAGCUAAGGAGGUCGAGGUUGGUUCCUAUCUCCCGCCUUCUUCAUCAGAUCCUUCCUUUGUGCUCUUCAAGGCCACUCCUAAAGACACCCCUGCUCUUCGUGCAGGAAAUGUGCAGCCCUACCAGUUCAUCCUACCACCAACUUGGAAGCAAACACGCGUAGCAAAUAUAUUAUCUGGUAAUUACUGCCAACCCAAGUGUGCAGAGCCUUGGGUGGAGGUCAAGUUUGAGGAUGAAAAGCAGGGAAAAGUCCAGGUUGUUGCUUCUCCUUUGAUACGUUUAACCAAUAAACCUAAUGCUUCGAUUGAAGAGAUUGGAAGCCCCGAGAAGCUGAUUGCUUCACUUGGCCCUUUUGUAACUGGAAACUCAUAUGAUCCUGAUGAACUGUUAGAGACAUCAAUUGAAAAGCUUGGUGAUCAGACGUAUUACAAAUACGUGCUUGAGACACCAUAUGCUCUUACGGGGACUCACAAUCUUGCAAAGGCAACAGCAAAGGGAAGCACAGUCGUCUUGUUCGUGGCCAGUGCAAAUGACAAACAGUGGCAAACAUCUGAGAAAACUCUAAAAGCCAUUCUUGAUUCCUUUCAAUUAUAGCUAUUUGCCAAGUAAAAGUAAGGGAGGUUAUAUUUGAUUCGUUGAAGUUACUUUCUUUUAUGUAAGAUACUGAAAGAGGAGAUAGAUGAGCUGUAACUAUCAAAUUUUCUAUCUGGUUUUCUAGGUUCAUGGUGUCCUAUCUUUUUCUCCUGCAAGAAACACGAAUGUGUGGUGUUUGCUUAAAGGGGCCGCUCUAGAGCUCAGUAUAUUGGGUUUUUAUUUGUAAAA